UAUUUUUAUCAGUCUUGAAAAUCAGUAAGUGUCAGAGUUGGUGCAUUUUGCACCACUUUCUAUAAUAAAUCUUCUCUCUCUCUCCCUCCCUCUCUCUCUCUACUGAGACAAAGAGGAGCUUUUAGAGCAAGAAAAGAAGAGAAAGGAAAGGAAAGGAAAGGAAGGGAAAGAAAUGGGAGCAGCUGAUUUGUCAAGUUCAAAACUAAUUUUGCUACUCAUCAUUUAUUUCAUUACAUUCUCUUCUUUUGCUUCCUUUGGAUUUGCAGCUACUGCUAAGCUUCAUCCAGCCGAAGUGCAGGCAUUGAAAGAUAUAGCAAAGAAAAUAGGGAAGAAAGAUUGGGAUUUUGGGAAGGAUCCAUGCAGUGGAGAAGGGAAUUGGAAUGUUUUGGAUGAAAGGAAAGGAUUUGAAAGCAAUAUUACUUGUAAUUGCAGUUUCAAUAACAAUUCCACUUGCCAUAUAGUAAGCAUUGCUUUGAAGUCUCAGAAUCUAUCAGGAAUUGUCCCACCAGACUUUUCCAAGCUGCAUUACAUCGAACUACUGGACCUCAGUCGCAACUGCCUCACUGGUUCUAUACCUUCCCAAUGGGCUACUAUGCGCUUAGUCGAUCUCUCUUUUAUGGGGAAUCAAUUGUCUGGUCCAUUUCCAAAAGCUCUCACCAACAUCACAACCCUUAAGAACCUGAGCAUUGAGGGAAAUAAUUUUUCAGGGCCCAUUCCUCCAGAAAUUGGAAAGCUGAUCAAUUUAGAGAAACUUACCCUCUCAUCAAAUGCAUUCACAGGAAAAUUACCUAGAGAACUUGCCAAGUUGGUCAACUUGACUGAUAUGAGAAUAAGUGAUGCUAAUUUCUCGGGGCAGAUACCUGAUUUCAUCAGUAGAUGGAAACAAAUACAAAAACUGCAUAUACAGGGUAGCUCGCUUGAGGGACCUAUACCUUCUAGCAUUUCUGGCUUGACACGCCUAAGUGAUCUGCGGAUCAGUGACCUGAAAGGCCAAAGUUCAAGUUUCCCACAUUUGGAUAAUAUGGAGUCCAUGAAAACACUGAUACUUAGGAAGUGCUUACUGUCUGGAAAGAUCCCAGAAUAUAUAGGGCACAUGAAAAAGCUGAAAAAUCUAGAUCUCAGCUUCAAUAACCUGACUGGAGAAAUUCCUGCAACAUUUUCCCAUUUGGCGAAAGUAGAUUUUAUGUACUUGACGGGAAACAAGCUCACAGGACCUAUACCUGAGUGGGUGCUUGAGAGGAACAAGAAUGUGGAUAUUUCUGAUAACAACUUCACUUGGGAUAGUUCAAGCCAAAUUGAAUGCCCUCGAGGGAGUGUGAACUUAGUGGAGAGUUACUCUUCAUCUACAAACAAAUUAAGUAAAGUCCAUUCAUGCCUGAAACAGAACUUUCCAUGUUCAAGUAAACCAAAUAAUUAUGCCUUGCAUAUAAAUUGUGGAGGCAAAGAGAUAAUUGCUGGUAGUAACAUCACAUAUAAUGCUGAUUUGGAAGCAAGAGGUGCUUCCAUGUAUUACUCAAGUCAGAACUGGGCAUUUAGCAGCACUGGGAAUUUCAUGGACAAUGACAUUGAUGCUGAUCCCUAUAUUCAGAUCAACACUUCUGCUAUAUCCAAUGUCUCUGCUCUUGAUGCACAACUAUAUAAAACGGCCCGCGUUUCUCCUCUCUCUCUCAGCUACUAUGGACUUUGCCUCAUAAAUGGAAAUUAUACUGUAAAGCUUCAUUUUGCAGAGAUUGUCUUCACUGAUGACAAUACAUUCAAUAGUCUUGGGAAGCGUAUAUUUGAUGUGUACAUCCAGGAAAAGUUGGUUUUGAAAGAUUUUAACAUUGCAGAAGAGGCUGGUGGCACUGGUAGGCCUAUUGUAAAGAUGUUUACUGUGGCUGUAACGAGCCAUACAUUAAAGAUUCACUUUUAUUGGGCUGGAAGAGGGACAACAGGCAUACCAGUUAGAGGAAUUUAUGGGCCUCUUAUAUCAGCUAUAUCAGUAGAUCCGAACUUCAAACCACCUUCAGAUAAUGACAAAAAGAAUGUCAUCAUAGUGGCUACCACUGUGUCUGCAGCAGUAUUUCUUGUCCUUCUGAUCCUGGGCAUCAUGUGGAGGAAAGGCUGCCUAGGAGACAAUGUAUCUGCAGAUAAAGAGCUGAGAGGUCUAGAUCUCCAAACAGGAAUAUUCACACUAAGACAGAUAAAAGCUGCCACUAAGAACUUUGAUCCAGCAAACAAACUUGGUGAAGGUGGUUUUGGUUCUGUUUAUAAGGGUCUACUAUCAGAUGGAACUAUAAUUGCGGUUAAGCAGCUCUCCUCAAAGUCUAAGCAAGGGAACCGUGAAUUCGUGAAUGAAAUUGGGAUGAUCUCUGGACUGCAACAUCCAAAUCUUGUAAAGUUAUAUGGAUGCUGUGUGGAAGGGAAUCAAUUGUUGCUUAUAUAUGAGUACAUGGAAAAUAACUGCCUGUCCCGUGCUCUUUUUGGGAAGAAUUCAACAAGCAGGUUGAAACUGGACUGGCCAACCAGGCAGAAAAUCUGUCUAGGUGUGGCUAGAGGAUUGGCAUACCUCCAUGAAGAGUCGAUAAUAAAAAUUGUGCACAGGGACAUCAAGACAAGCAAUGUGUUACUUGAUAAGGAUCUGAAUGCCAAGAUUUCAGAUUUUGGCUUGGCGAAGCUAAAUGAAGAUGAAAACACCCACAUCAGUACUCGGAUUGCUGGAACUAUUGGUUAUAUGGCACCCGAGUAUGCAAUGCGUGGCUAUUUAACUAACAAAGCAGAUGUUUAUAGCUUUGGAGUUGUUGCAUUGGAAAUUGUCAGUGGAAAGAGCAACACAAAUUACAGACCAAAGGAAGAAUUUGUUUACCUCCUUGAUUGGGCUUAUGUUUUGCAAGAGAGAGGAAGUCUGCUGGAGUUGGUUGAUCCAGAGUUAGGGUCAGCCUAUUCAUCAGAAGAAGCAAUGGUGAUGCUAAAUGUAGCACUUUUAUGCACCAAUGCUUCCCCAACACUAAGGCCUACAAUGUCUCAAGUUGUCAGUAUGCUCGAAGGUCGAACUGCUGUUCAGGACCUUCUUUCUGAUCCUGGAUUUUCAGCCAUCAACUCAAAAUACAAGGCUAUAAGAAAUCACUUCUGGCAGAACCCAAGCCAGACACAUAGCCUAUCCACAAAUGGUCCAUACACCGAUUCCUCAAAUUCAUAUAUAGACAUAGAAGAGGUUGAUCGAAUUUUAAGAGUUAGUUUAGCAGAAUCCAAUUCACAUCUAGAAGCAGAAGAGACUGUUAAUCUUUUAAAAGUUGCUUGAGUUAGCCCAAAAUAGCUGUUAGUGUUGUAUAUCAGACUAUCAGUAUGUGUCUUGGGUACGCCAGAAAAAUUUUCAAAGACAGGCAGGCGUUGAGCCACCAGGCCAUUUGGCUCAAUGGCUGUACCAACUGUCAAAAAUGUAUAGUAGUUGGGAAGGGCCAAGUAAAUUAUGGACUGUAUAUAAUUACACGUUUACCACAUUACAUGAAACCAAGCAAUUAAGAAAGUGUUGCUUAUAUUA